CAGAAUUGUUGUUGUGCUCAAAGUGAAUUGCCGGUGCGAUUUCAAAUCGUUCUUAGACGAUUUGUGACUUUAAUUGUGCCUUUCAUAUCCAUUUUAAGUUAGUUGAAGUGUUUCUGUGAAGGAAUUUCAAUAGUUUUGUGACUUUCAAACGCGAACUCUGUCGAUUCGGCGAGCUCAAAAUGAUCAACCCAAGGCUUUCGGCCGAAAUUGCCGCGGCAUGCAAUGCCCUCGGCUUCUUCGACGGAAAGAAAUACACCAAAGACAGAUACUGCUUCGAAACGGUGAAGGAGCUGAUCCGCCACCUGCGCCGCGAUGGUUCUCAGCACGAGGCUCGGCAGAUGCUGGGCGAGGCGAAAGUGCUGCAGAAGGAUUUGUUGCCGCUGAUGAAAGACUACCAUGCCGACAAGGAACUCUUCAGCAUCGUUCUCAGGUUGAUGGUUAAUUUGACCCAUCCUGUUUUGCUGCUGUUUCGAGAAGAGGAGCCCUCUGACCCGCAAGAGAGAAAGAAUUACCUAAACCUCCUCACCCACCAGCAAGAAUACAAGAAGGCUUUCAUCGACGAGGAAAUAUUCACGGUCCUUUCGCAAAAGUUGCGGUCGCUGCUGGAAAUCGAAUGGACGGACCGAGACGAGGACACCAACAUUGAGAUCGAACGCAUCCUGAUCCUAGUGCGAAACGUUCUGCAAGUGCCGGCGGACCUUGCCGACGAGCAGCGCGCCGACAAUGACGCCUCCAUCCAUGACCAGGUGCUGUGGGUUUGCCACACUUCGGGAAUCAAUGCCAUUUUCCUCUACCUGGCUUCCACAGAGAGCGAGCAACCCUAUUACAUGCACAUCCUUGAGAUUUUAUCCCAAAUGCUGAGGGAGCAGAACGCGUCCGAGCUAGCAACUGCGGCUGCAGCUCGUAGUUUGGAGGAGCGCAAGAGGGACGAGAGUGAAUUAAGCAGAUUAAGACAUGCUGAGAUCGAGGCGAGGCAGGCGAAAAUUAAACAGCUCAAAGGAUCGAGACACUCUAAGUUUGGCGGCACGUACUGCUUGACAAACGUCAAGUCCAUCAGCGAGCGCGACAUGAUUUACCACAAGCCACUCAACGCUUUUUCCUCCAUCGAUUUCGAUCUGAACAAGAGCAAAGUGAAGACGCCGAAAAACAGGCGGGCUGACAACAUUGACGUGCAAGAGAGGCGCUCUGCGUACAGCAUCCGACUUUUCCUCAAGGAGUUGUGCAUUGAGUUUCUCAGCGGCGCAUACAACGCCGUCAUGUACCACGUCAAGGAUUCUCUCGUGAGGAACAAAGGUCAAGAGAAUGACGAGUCGUAUUACUUGUGGGCGCUCAAGUUCUUCAUGGAGUUCAAUCGGAAUUACAAAUUCCGCAUCGAGUUGGUGAGUGAGACCAUGUCGGUGCAGACUUUCCACUGGGUGCAGACGCAGCUGGAUCGGUGCCAUGAGAUGCUGCAGACGCUGAAGAAGAACCGGCGUCAGUGGGUCAAGAGACAGCACCUCGCUCUCAAGGCUUACCAGGAGUUAUUGAUGACUCUGCAGGCGAUGGACAGAUCGGCUGACGAGGGUGUUUGCGCCACGGCCCGCGUCAUCAAAAGCAACAUUUUCUACGUUCUCGAGUACAGGGAGAUGAGCCAAGUGCUGCUGCAGUCAUACGACCCUACCAAAUUGCCAACGAAUUACUUGGCCGAUUUGCUUGAGACGAAUCACGUCUUCCUCAAGAUGCUGGAGCAUUUUUGCAAAAAGCAAAACAUGGUGGUGCAAAAAAAGAAGCGUAAGACAGGCUCAAAGAAGAAAAAGCAGAAAAAGAAGCAACAACAAGAAGCUGCGCAGCCAGCUGCAGACAUCAAAACAGCCGAGGAGUUGUGGGAAGAAGGCUUGGCCGAGGAGCUUUCUGUUGUCAUUCAAGAGAAUCCGAGCCUACCUUUUGUGGCGAUGCCCUUUGAUGUGCUCUCAGAGAAAUCUGAAGACGAACAAAAAAUUGACUGCUUGCGGGUUAUUCAGCAGCACAUGAGAGAGAAGAACUUUGUCGAGGCCGUCGCAACUUUAAAAGCUGCUGUUGAGAUUUGGCCUGACCUUGGUAGUUUGGACAAUGGAGCAAUGACUUCUGAAGACCAAUUCGUCGCUCUCAAAGAUAUUUUCCUUGCAGAACUCCCUGGCGGCCAGCAAAAUGAGGAGCCUGCGCACGAGGACGAGGCCUCAGAGUCGGAACAAGAGCAUGGCGUUGGCAGUGAUGAUGAGGAGCAAGAUGCCGGCGGAGCUUUUUCCGAGGUUCAGGAGCAGAACUUCAACUUUGAAGAGUUCAUCAACAGAUUUGCUCAUCCUAGAGUUGUGGCAGCAUGUGCCCUUAUGCUCCGCAGCUUCGACAAGCCCGGUGUCCGGCACACCCAUAUCCAUGCUGCUGUCAAACUCCUGCACAGAAUUUGCGUUGACGGCAAGAAGCCAGCCAUGGCCUUCCAAGCGUCCUUGUUUAGAACUUUCCAGAGAGCUCUCAGGGCCCAGAAGAAAGGCAGCAUUGGCGCUGCAAAUGCAAGAGAGCUGGCAGACUUUGCGAAAUACAUUAUGCAGCAGUUUGCCAAGAUCUCGAAAACAAAUCCCCACAUUUUCCUCGAGUUGCUGUUUUGGAAACACUCCAGAGAUGCACAUGACAUUGUUGAUGGCUAUGGAAGCUAUGAAAGUUCCAAGACUAUGAAUAAAAAUGCUUGGACCGAGCAGCAAGAGGAUGAGGUUCAGAGGCUGGCUGCCGAAUUCAAGACUAAAAUGGAAGAAGAGGCUGGAAGAAUUGAUGAGAGUUCCCUUGUGGAUCAAGUUUGGGAGAGCUUAAUUGACUCCCGUAACCGUUCGAGAAUUGCCGUCUACAAGAAAAUGAAAGAAUUGGGGUUGAUCACGGGAACAAAGGGAAUCUCUGGCAGGGUUACGCGAUGGACGGACGAAGACGUGGAAGAGCUUACAAGGCUCUACAACCAGUACAAAAAUGAUAUCAAUCCUGUGCAGAGUAUUUUUGAGAACCUUCUGAACAAACGCAGCAAACAGACCAUUCGGAAGAAAAUAAUCGAAAUGGGCUUGGCUACUAAAGAGAUGCUGGCCCGCAAAAAAGGAAAGAGAAGGCUUGGUCAAAUGGGUGGUGAGAGUGACCAGAGUGAUGAGGAUGAUUUGUCAGAGGACGACGGAGAACAAGAACAUGCUUCUCGAGGCAAGGAGAAGUUUGUCUACAGCAAAGCAAGUGCAAUUGACUCUGUCAGGGCUGUCAUGGAAAAAGGCAUGUCAAGUGGUGUUCGCUGGCUGAUGAUGAGUGUCAAUGAAACCAUUCAUGACAGGGCUGAAGACGAUGAUGACGAACCAUCACCGUUGAUUCCAAUGUUGGAGGAAGAUUGUGAUGCUAUGGAGGAUGAGACUUUCCUUACAAUGCUCAGAAAAUUGGGCAUGUCAGAGCCAGUUGGGGGACAAGAAACAAAUUGGCGAAUCCCAAGUGAGCUCUCUGUAGCCGACCUGGAGGAAAGAGCUCAAAUUCUUGCCCAUGCUCUGGACGGCCGCCUUGAUUCGUUGAUGCCUCCGAGAAACAAAACACCAGAGCCUCAACAGUCGCCAGAAAGGAGGAGAGUCGUCAGAGGAGCUCUCGAAUCAGAUGAUGACCUCGAGCCAGAGAGUUCGGCCCUUGAGAGGCGUGAAAACAACCAAAAUGGCAAGAGGAGGAGAGGUGAAAGUUCAGGCGAAGAGGAAGAUGACGAGGAAUUGAUGAAGAAACUUUUCCACUCCACAACACCAGCACACCCGGGGAAAGAAAAGACUUCGUCACUCUCAUCUGCCAAAAAGAAAUCUCGCUUGAUGACCAUAGACUCGAGUGAUGACGAAACAGAGCCUGUCAAUGAGCAACCUGCAGUUCUGGCAAGUUUGACUGUCUCUGAAAAUAUAGACGAAGCAAGUCUUGUCGCAGAAUUGGCCAAAGAAGUGGCAGACUUGGAAAGUGAAGUCGACUCCGAUGACGAACCCACUUUGCACAUCCACAUGAGCUCUGAUGCAGAAAAUGAUUCUCCAAAGAAGAAAAAGACUCGACGAUUAGUUAUUGAGGAUGAUAGUGACUAAUUUAAAUUCUCAAGUGAUUGAAAUAAGUUAGGUACAAGGCAGUCGGAAGGUUGAUUUUUCAUAUUUCAGGUGCAAACUAUUUUACUCUCCUGAUGAUGGAUUUUCUAAUAAACAAAUCAAAAUAACCAAAUCACCUGACUCAUUUUUUAUUAAAAUUUUUAAGUGAUUUAUCUUCAUUUGUCAUAGAUUUAGAAUAGAGUGAUAAGGGAUGAUGCAUUUUUUUUUUAAUAAAUCAAAGAAACACAUCAGGA